GGCAUCAAAUUUCUUCUGGCCUUGGAUUUGUCGGAGGAAGUCAGGAAAUCUCAUGUCUCAGUUCAGAUUUCUCACGAGCCGCCGCCGCCUGAGCGCCUUAACCUCCCUGUUCUCCCAAUCCCCCGAACGAAGCUCGGUCUCCAAGCACGUCGCUUGUGCUGUCUCCAAUCCAGAAGGGAAGCAACCGCCGCUGUUCUCACCCAAGGCAACUGCCCCCAAUGUUCAUGCUCUCGUUGAUCUGAUCGACUCCUUCCUGCAGGCUAAAAACCUCAAAUCUGCUUUUUCGGCUGUGUGUUUGCUGUUCAAGAGCGGCCAUGCGACGGACGCUUUCAUUUUGAACCUUUUGGUGAAGGGUCUCUGCGAAGGCCGCUCCGUUUCCAAAGCCGUGCAGCUGUUCCGAGAGGUCGAGCGCAACAAGUGGAUUUUUCCCGACGUCAUCACUUAUAACACUCUCAUCAAUGGCCUGUGCAAGGAGAAAAGGAUGGAAGAAGCCAUGGAGCUAUGGAGAGAGAUGGCGUCAGGAACUGGUCCUGGCUGCUCCCCAGACACUGUCACCUACUCGACGCUUAUGAAUGGUCUCUCCAAGGCCGGAAGGGUGGAGGAAGCCAUGUCCUUGCUGGAUAACAUGAAAAGGAGCGGGCUUGAAGCCGAUGCGUAUGGCUACUGUGCUCUUGUAAGUGGUCUAUGUAAAGCUGGCUCCGUGGACAAGGCCCUGGAUCUCUUUCACGAAAUGUCCCUGAAGGAGGUACGCCCAAGCCCACGCCCACAUUUGGUCCUUUACAGCAGUUUGAUUCACGGUCUAUCCAAGCUUGGACGUUGGAAGGAGGCUAAAGAUAUGUUAUAUAACAUGGCGAGUCAGGGAAUCCGUCCCGAUGUCAUAACGUAUACUAGCUUGAUCGAUGGCCUCUGUAAAGAUGGAAAGAGCUCUGAGGCCCUGAAGCUGCUAGGUCUGAUGGUGGAGAAAGGCAAAACUGGUGAAGCAUUGAAAGUGCUCGGUCAAAUGCUUGAUAGUAGAUUUGGAGUUGAACCCGAUUUGUGGACAUUUAACACGGUUAUACAUGGACUUUGCAAGAGGCAUUAUGCUAGACUAGCCUUGAAGGUACAGAAGCUGAUGGUACGUAGAGGGUACACCUGUAAUCUGAUUACUUUCAAUAUGCUACUCGACGGACUCCUCAAGACGAAGGACAUUGAAGGGGCUAUCUACUUGAAAGGAGAGAUGGACUGCCUAGGACUGGAGCCUAACUCCUUCACAUACAGCAUCCUGAUAAAUGGGCUCUGCAAAAUGGGGCAUGUUGAGGAUGCAGAAAAGCUACUUCGUGAAAUGAAGGGAAAAGGAUUUUGUCCUACCUUAAUUGAUUAUAAUUCUAUAAUGACAAUACUGGCUAAGACAGAUAGAAUGGAGCAAGCACUGAGUUUAUUCAAUGAGAUGCAGAAGCCUAAUGUGGUUACCUUCACCAUUUUAAUUGAUGCGGCAUGCAAAACUGGAGAUAUGGAUUUGGUAAAGGACUUAUUUGUGGAUAUGCGUCAAAGUGAUAUCACUCCUGAUUCAGUUACAUAUUUUGCAUUAAUAAAUGGAUUUGUUGAAUCUGGAAAAACAGAUGAAGCUAUCCAAAUGUUGGAGCACAUGAAUGGUAGUGGAUUAGUUCCAAAUGUUAAAAUAUAUGAUUCACUUAUACGUUGCCUCAUAACAAAAGGCGAUACUAGAAAGAUUGUUAGCUUGCUUCAUCAAAUGGCAGCAAAUGAUGUGGCUCUUGAUACAAAGUUCAUGUCAACCCGUUUGGAUACCCUGCCAUUUGAUGGAGAAGAGAAGACCCUAUUGAAAUCUUUGCCGAAUUUCUCAAAUGAAUUGGCCGGAAGAACAAAAUUCUCAUGUCAUGAAUUGAUGGAAAAGCUCCAAUGAUCUUGCCUUGAGCUCUGAUUACCAGCUAGUGAGGCAUCUUGAGUUGGAGAACGAUUGAAUACGGAUUUCCAAUUUCAUGCUUUAUGCAUAAAGAAGCAUGAGUAUUCAAGUUCAUCAUGAGAAGCAGCUGUUGCUGAAGUCUACAACCAGCAACUUUGCAAGUGGUUUACUGAAACAACAUUCUGGAUGCUCUCUCUUAGCAGUCUGCUCCAGAGUUCCAUUUUGCGAUCCAUACUGAAUACUUUGCCAUUACCAAACAACAAACGCUUGCAGCAAAUAAAGCAGCAUGGAAUUCAUGCACUUUCGAUAAACAUUGUUUAUGAGAUGAACAGACACUCUCAGGCCUCUCCGAUCUCUACUUUGUCCAGGAUUUUUGUGAGCUUGCUGCACGGUGAAACGUUUACGAUUCACAGCAAAUUAUAGUGCGCAGUGUUUCCUGAAUACUCUCUAAUUCAACUACUCGUUCCCUAGAUGUUUUGGAAAGGCGCGAACCUUGACAGCUCUGUUGCAACUCAAUUUUGCAGUUUAUAAUUUAUAACUAUGUGUGGCAAUUGAUGUUGUGACACAAAUUUCUUGAGCAGUGUUUGUAAAAAU